AUGGUUUUCUAUUUCACAUCCAACGUCGUUGAACCAUCCGCCUUCAUUUAUGUCGGCAAGGACAAAUUCGAAAACGAGGAUCUCAUAAAAUAUGGAUUGGACAGUGAUGUCUGCGCAACAGGGUUAGUCUUUCCUUCUUCAGCUUGCGACGCCAAUCGCCCUAAUGCUUCUAUACGCUCACAGUUCCACGUCGAUAAUUUGUCAAGUGCACACGUCUAUGUACGUCUUCGCGACGGCGAAACAUGGGACAACAUCCCCCAGCCGCUUCUGGAGGACUGCGCCCAGCUCACGAAAGCGAACUCCAUCGAAGGAAAUAAGAAGGAUAACAUCACCAUUAUCUACACGCCGUGGUCAAACCUGAAGAAAGAUGGAUCGAUGGCUGCCGGCCAAGUCACAUUUCAUAAUCACAAGCUGGUCCGCAAAGUCUAUGUUAAGCAGCGUGAGAAUCCAAUUGUCAACCGGCUAAACAAGACCCGGGUCGAGAAAUACCCUGAUCUCCGUGCUGAGAAGGAGGAGUACACCAUGAAAAAGCAACGCAGUGAACGCAAGCUUCGGGAUGAACAGCGGUCGAAGGAAAAGAAGAAGCAGCAAGAGUAUGAACAGCUCAAGUGGCAGAAGGCUCAUGCCUAUGAUGAUAUGUUCACCGAGGAGAAUAUGGAGGUCAGCAACAACCAGGACCGUGAUGAGAAUUUCCUCGACGACUUCAUGUGA